ACAGCUAUAAAGGCGGCCCCGCCGCGGAGCCGCCACUGGGCUGUGCACCUCCCCGGGAACCCCUCUCGUGGGCGCUCUUUGCAGUGGAGGCGGCGGGCAGCGGGAGCGAGGGCAGAGGCAGCCCGGCCGCCCCCGCCGCGCACCUGGCGCCGCCCGCCCCCCGCCGCCCGGCCCCUCUCUCCGGGAGGACAACCUGCCGCCCCCGGGCAGGAUGGACAGCAGGCUGCGGCCUUCUCGCUGGGCCUGGUCCCUGCUGGCGGUGGCGCUCGUGGCCGGGACUGUAGCACCCAGCGGGGCCAUGGACAGCAGCCCGACGGACAACAGCCUGGAGGGGGGCCCGGACGCCAUGGCCUACUGGUGGGGGGAGUGGACCAAGUGGACGGCGUGCUCCCGCAGCUGCGGCGUGGGCGUGACGUCCCAGGAGCGGCACUGCCUGCAACAGAGGAGGACGUCGGCCACGGGCGCCGGGAACAGGACCUGCACGGGCACGUCCAAGCAGUACCAGCUGUGCCAGGUGCAGGAGUGCCCGCCGGACGCGAGAAGCUUCCGAGAGGAGCAGUGCGUCUCCUUCAACGCCCAGAUGUAUGACGGGCGGUGGCACCGGUGGAAGCCCCUGUACCCCGACGACUACGUGCACAUCUCGAGCAAGCCCUGCGACCUGCACUGCACCACCGCGGACGGCCAGCGGCAGCUCAUGGUGCCCGCCCGCGACGGCACGUCCUGCAAGCUCGCCGACCAGCGAGGGGUUUGCGUGUCUGGAAAAUGUGAGCCCAUCGGCUGUGACGGCGUCCUGUUCUCCACCCGCACGCUGGACAAGUGCGGCGUCUGCCAGGGCAACGGGAGCAGCUGCACCUACGUCACGGGCACGUACCGCAAGGGGAACGCCCAGCUCGGUUACUCUCUGGUGACCCACAUCCCGGCCGGCGCCCGAGACAUCCAGAUCGUGGAGCGGAGGAAGUCCGCCGACGUGCUGGCCCUCGCAGAUGAAACCGGCUCCUUCUUCUUCAACGGCAACUUCAAGGUGGACAGCCCCAAGAACUUCAACAUCGCCGGCACCGUGGUCAAGUACCGGCGGCCCAUGGACAUCUACGAGACCGGCAUCGAGUACAUCGUGGCGCAGGGGCCCACCAACCAGAGCCUGAACGUCAUGGUGUGGAACCAGAACGGCAAGAGCCCCUCCAUCACCUUCCAGUACACGCUGCAGCAGCCGUCCGCGGCCCGGCCCGGGCAGCCCUACUACCGCUUCUCCGAGCCCACCUCCGAGAGCGCCGAGGACCCGGAGCUGGACGGGCCGGGGCCGCUGGGCUUCCUCCCGCACAACGGCUCGCUCUUUGGCCAGGCCUCCCCCGAGCGGCUGGGCCUGGACGACCGGCUGCUGGGCGCCCCCGGCCCGGGGGCCGAGCUGGGCCUGAGCAAGGGGAACAACGAGGUGUGCGAGCCGGCCGGCGGCAGGGCCUUCACCGGAGCGCCCAGGGGCACGGGCUUCAGAGAUGGCAACGCCACAGGGACAGCUCUCUCCGGGGACACGGGGGACCGAGGGGCCGGCGCCCACCGCCCCUCCCAGGGCCUCCUCUCGCCCGGCGUCCUCUCCGGCCAGCACCUGGGCGCCGGCUCGGACUCCCAGGAGCUCCCCCUCAACGGGACGGGCAGCGGCAUCUUCGUGCAGGGUGCCCCCCGGGGCUCCCCGGCCGAGGGGCUUUACGUGGACGAUGACGAGAGCGAGGGGGCCGGCGCCCACCUGCUCAACGGGUCGCACCUGGGGCUGAGCAGCGGCAGGGUGGCCAACGCGUCCUCAGAGGCCCCCUUCCCCAACGUCAGCGCCAGCCUGCCCGCCGCGGCCGGGAACAGGACGCACAAGGCCAGGACCAGGCCCAAGGCGCGCAAGCAGGGCGUGAGCCCGGCAGACAUGUACCGGUGGAAGCUGUCCUUGCACGAGCCCUGCAGCGCCACCUGCACCACAGGGGUCAUGUCGACCUAUGCCACGUGUGUCCGCUACGAUGGCAUCGAGGUGGAUGACAGCUACUGCGACGCCCUGACGCGCCCGGAGCCGGUCCAGGACUUCUGCGCCGGGAGGGAGUGCCAGCCCAGGUGGGAGACCAGCAGCUGGAGCGAGUGCUCGCGCACGUGCGGCGAGGGCUACCAGUUCCGCACCGUGCGCUGCUGGAAGAUGCUGUCGCCCGGCUUCGACAGCUCGGUGUACAGCGACCUGUGCGAGGCCACGGAUGCCGUGCGGCCCGAGGAGCGCAAGACGUGUCGGAACCCGGCCUGCGGGCCGCAGUGGGAGAUGUCCGAGUGGUCGGAGUGCCCGGCCAAGUGCGGGGAGCGCGGCGUGGUGACCAGGGACAUCCGCUGCUCGGAGGACGAGAAGCUCUGCGACCCCAACACCAGGCCCGUGGGGGAGAAGGACUGCAUGGGGCCCCCCUGUGACCGCCAGUGGACCGUCUCUGACUGGGGGCCGUGCAGCGGCAGCUGUGGCCAGGGCCGCAUGAUCAGACAAGUGUACUGCAAGACCAGCGACGGCCGGGUGGUGCCCGAGUCUCAGUGCCCGAUGGAGACCAAGCCCCUGGCCAUCCACCCCUGCGGGGACAAGAACUGCCCGGCCCACUGGCUGGCCCAGGACUGGGAGCGGUGCAACACCACGUGCGGCCGCGGCAUGAAGAAGAGGGUGGUGCUGUGCAUGGAGCUGGCCAACGGGAAGCCUCAGACGCGCAGCGGCCCCGAGUGCGGGCUGGCCAGGAAGCCGCCGGAGGAGAGCACCUGCUUUGAGCGGCCCUGCUUCAAGUGGUACACCAGCCCAUGGUCUGAGUGCACCAAGACCUGCGGGGUGGGCAUGCGGAUGCGGGACGUGAAGUGCUACCAGGGCACCGACAUCGUGCGCGGCUGCGACCUUCUGGUGAAGCCGCUGGACAAGCAGACGUGUGAAGUGCAGCCCUGCCCCACAGACCCACCCGACGACAACUGCCAGGACCAGCCGGGCACCAACUGCGCCCUGGCCACCAAGGUGAACCUGUGCAGCCACUGGUACUACAGCAAGGCCUGCUGCCGCUCCUGCAGGCCCGGCCGCUCCUAGGCCCGGCGGCCGCGGGCCGAGCGCCCCGCCGUCGGCUGCCGCAGCUCCAGCUCCGCAGCCCUCCACGGACUCCCCGGCUGCAGGGCGCCCGGGCUGCGGAGGCGAGGUGCUGAGCCCCUGCUCUGCCCCCAGGGAAGGAGUGUCCUGAGCGCGGGGCGGCCUCGCCGGACAGAGCCGCCCCGGCCGUGUGCACGUGACUGCCCUGAGCCCGAGGACCGCGCGUCAGCAGAGCACAC